AUGGCCCUUCAGGCGAUCUAUGAGGGCUUCCUGGCCAGGCCAGAGCCCGAGGCACUCGCUGAGCAGGCCUCGCUGCACUACAUCACCACAACAACCACGCAUACCGGCGCCCAGGACAUCAUCAAACACCUCCAGGCCGCCGGCCGCGCGCUGGACAAGAAGUCGCAGAAGACGCUCGGCGUGGUCGAAGGGGCCAGCUCCCUCUGUCUCGAUGUCGAAACCACCAUGCUCUUUACCAGUGGUGGGGGGCCUUAUCUGCUCUCACUGGACGAUAACUUCCUUGUCGAUCGGACAGUCACAAUCCCAAUGGUUCAUAUCGUCCACUUUGACGCAGAGGAUAAAAUCGUACAGAUCCGCCAGUACUGGGAUCAAGCAGCUCUCUUGAAACAGCUCGGCGUCAUUGGAUCGCGGAAUAACUGGCCAAUUGGCGACAGUGCCGACCAGAAACGGCUGGUUAGCUCCUCCAUUGCAGCUGCGGCGAAAUGCUCGAAGAAGGCUGUACCUGUACCUGAGCCGGAGAAGGAGAAGGAGAAGGCGAAGGAAGAAGCUCCAGUGGAGGCCGCCGUGUCUACCAAGGCCGCAAAGGAAACCGAGGCUACUCCUCUGUCCUUCUUCGAAGCUCAGAGCGUUGAAGAACCAGUGCCAGUUACCAAGUCUCGUGCCUCUACUCUCUCCGCGAAGCCGGCGCCACGAGACUACAAUGACCUGUUCCAGGGUGACGACGAGCCCCUGGUGACUCCUCCGAGGUCAAGGGGUCAGGCCUCGAGCAUCCUCUCAACUCCCAAAACGAUCUCCAAGACAUAUACCCAUUUUGAAUUCGGCGAAGGGAAGCUUCCCGGUGACCAGCCGAUCAACGAGGCCAAAAUACCUGGCCAUUUUGAAUUCGGGCACGAUGCCGAGCCAGAAGUGUUGGAGGAGAUGGAAAAGGCUGCUGCAAAAUCCCACGACCCAGGCCAUUUCGAGUUUGGAGAAGGUGAUGCCCGCCCGUUGCCUGUGCGACCUAGAUCGUCCAAACACCUUUCCCAAUGGGACUUUGAAGAUUUCGUGACUCCUGAAAAGCCCAAGCAGAAGCCAGUCCGGGGCCAGAACGUCCGUCACUUCGGAUGGAGCGAUGAUGAAGUCGACCAGUUGGAAACUCCCAAGCCAAAGCCACGCAUCACCCAGCCGAGGCGCGAUGCUGAAACCCAUUUCAAGCUUCAGGAUAAGCAGACUCCUCUUGCGUCUGAGAAGACCACUGGCCGUGAGCCGGGAGCUGCACACAAUAGAGGGCUUAAGCUCUACGAGCACAAUCUUUACGAUGAAGAUGGGAACCGCGCAGAGCCAUUGACCACCUCCAACGGAACCAAUACCACUAAUAACAACAGCAGACGCAAGAUCUUCGAUCGCCAGUGGGAGAUGAAGGACGACGCCAGCCCCGAGGACGCUGCGGAAGCUAAGAAUGAAGACAAGCCUGUCCCCAACAGCCGUAUGAACGUGGUCAAGCUGAUGGACUCCAGCUGGGAUAAGUUCGAUGAAAACAAACCCGAGGAAGUCCCUGUCGUUGACCGUCCUAUUCGCGCCAACCCGAACCGCCGCAGUGCCUACCAGAAGACCUGGGGUUUCGGGGACGAGGACGACUAA